ACGGCUGCGCGAGCCUCAUCAUCAUCAUCAUCACUACCACAACCUCCGCAACGGCAACGUAGAGAGCCGAGCGCGAGCCAACGGGGUUUUUAACGAUUCGAGGAGCCGGGCGCCAUGGCGGGCCCGCGUUGAAAACGAGCCCCAGAUUUAUCCUCUUUGUUCUCCCUCGACGACUCGUAGACUUUCCGCGCCUCCACCGAGGAGGGGCCGCGGAGGAGAAGCUCUCCCUUUCCAAGCGAAGGAGGAAGCCGGAGUAGCAGCAGCAGCAGCAGCGGUGGAGGAGGAGGCGGCAACGGCUGAACCGGGGAGGUGUUUUCUACCGCACAAGCCGAAUGGCGGACCGUGAGGCGUCGCCGAUACCGUUGGAGAUCCGAGCCCGGCUGGCGGAGCUGGAGCUGGAGCUGUCAGAGGGGGACAUCACUCAGAAGGGUUAUGAGAAGAAGAGGUCCAAACUGAUCAGGGCAUAUUUUCCACAUGCUGGAGGUAUGGAGGGACCCAUGUCUCAUAGGGCCCCACUCGGCCCUCCGUCUGCUGCCCGUUUCCACCGGCGGCGGACCUCUGGCACCAGAGACGAACGCUAUCGAUCAGACGUCCACACCGAGGCGGUGCAGGCGGUGCUGGCUCGACACGUGGAGAGGAAGGUGGCGGUGCCGAUGCCUUCCAAAAGGCGCUCGCUGGUGGUGCAGACCUCCAUGGAUGCAUACACGCCUCCAGGCCUGUCCCCGCUGUGCUCCGACUCGUCGUCGGGGUCCGAGGAAGAGGCGGGUCCCGGGGACGACAUGUCGGCCAUGGAGCACUGGAUGAGCCGCCCGACACACUUGGGCCCCGCCCACCUGGGCUCCACCUCCUCCUCGUCCUCCUCCACGCAGAGCGGAGGCAGUGGCAACGCCGGGCGACUGGCCGACUCGCUGGCGCACACACACAUCUCGCACCUGGCGCACACACACCUGGGGCACACACACCUGGGCCAGCUGCACCACCAGCAGAGCCACCUGUCCCAGUCUCACCACGGUAUCAGCCACUUGUCUCUGAAGAGGAAGGGAGCUCUGAGUGUGGCGGAGAACGGAGGAUCUCUGCGGAGAUCCUGUGAGUUUGGAUCUGACAUGCUGUGGCCCCCGCCGCUGGAGUCAGACGAAAAUCACUCGGCCCCCCCGGAUGUGACAGGCUACUCCUCGGACUCGUCCCACCCCCACCCCGAGCGCCACCACAUGUCCAACAUGGGAACCAUUGCCAGGAACACGCAGAAGUACGGCAACGCAGAGCGCAUGGAGACGGGCGAUGGUGUUCCAGUCAGCAGUCGCGUGUCAGCUAAAAUCCAGCAGCUUGUGAACACGCUGAAGCAGCCUCGCAGACCUCCGCUGCGGGAGUUCUUUGUCGAUGACUUUGAUGAACUUCUCGAGGUCCAGCAGCCGGACCCCAACCAGCCGCGGCCUGAGGGGGCAGAGAUGAUGCCGGUGCGGGGCGAGGCGCUGGGGGUGGUCACCAACUGGCCGCCGUCCCUGGAGGCUGCGCUGCAACGCUGGGGGACCAUCUCCCCCAAAGCCCCCUGCCUCACCAGCCUGGACACCGCGGGGAAGCCCCUCUACGUCCUCACAUACGGGAAGCUGUGGUCUCGCAGCAUCAAGCUUGCCUACAACAUCCUCCACAAACUGGGCAGCAAGCAGGAGCCCAUGGUGCGACCGGGGGAUCGGGUGGCGCUGGUGUUCCCUAACAAUGACCCUGUGGCCUUCAUGGUGGCCUUCUACGGCUGUCUGCUGGCGGAGGUGGUCCCUGUUCCUAUCGAGGUCCCCCUAAGUCGCAAGGACGCCGGCAGUCAGCAGAUUGGAUUCCUAUUGGGCAGCUGUGGUGUUACCGUGGCGCUGACCAGUGACGCCUGCCAUAAGGGGCUGCCCAAGAGCACAACAGGAGAGAUCCCACAGUUCAAAGGUUGGCCCAAGUUACUCUGGUUUGUAACCGAGUCGAAGCACCUUUCCAAACCCCCCAGAGACUGGUUCCCUCACAUCAAAGAUGCAAACAAUGACACAGCUUACAUAGAGUAUAAAACCUGUAAGGACGGCAGCGUGUUGGGAGUCACAGUGACAAGGAUCGCUCUGCUCACACACUGCCAGGCUCUCACACAGUGCUGCAGCUACACUGAAGCAGAGACUAUCGUGAACGUUCUGGACUUCAAGAAGGAUGUGGGCCUGUGGCACGGCAUCCUGACGAGUGUGAUGAACAUGAUGCACGUGAUCAGCGUGCCCUACUCUCUGAUGAAGGUCAACCCUCUUUCAUGGAUCCAGAAAGUGUGCCAGUACAAAGCUAAGGUAGCGUGUGUGAAGUCCAGAGAUAUGCACUGGGCUCUGGUGGCCCACAAAGACCAGAAGGACAUCAACCUGAGCUCACUGCGCAUGCUGCUGGUGGCGGACGGAUCAAACCCCUGGUCCAUCUCGUCCUGCGACGCCUUCCUCAACGUCUUUCAGACGAAAGGGCUGAGAGCCGACGUCAUCUGUCCCUGCGCCAGCUCCCCCGAGGCCCUGACCGUGGCCAUCAGGAGUGCUCAGCAUACCUUAACUCUUUCUGGCCCUCUAGACAGCAAAGGGAGGCCGGUGGAGGACAGCAGCCAGCCUCCGGGCCGAGGCGUCCUCUCCAUGCAGGGUCUGACCUAUGGUGUGGUGAGAGUGGAUACAGAGGAGCGCCUCUCCGUGCUCACCGUGCAGGACGUGGGCACUGUCACUCCAGGAGGCCUGGUGUGUGUGGUGAAGCCAGAAGGCGUCCCUCAGCUGUGUCAGACGGAUGAGAUCGGGGAGUUCUGCGUCUGCUCCAUCGCCACCGGAACCUCCUACUACGGCCUCACUGGCAUGACCAAGAACACCUUUGAGGUGUACCCGGUUGGCCCCAGCGGGGGUCUGGUCAGCGACUAUGCCUUUGUGCGGACCGGCCUGCUGGGCUUUAUUGGGCCCGGCGGCCUCGUCUUCAUCACGGGGAAAAUGGACGGCCUCAUCAUGGUGAGCGGGCGGAGGCACAACGCCGACGACAUCGUUGCCACGGCGCUGGCGGUAGAGCCGAUGAAGUUCGUGUACAGGGGAAGGAUAGCGGUGUUCUCGGUGACGGUGUUGAGAGAUGAGAGGAUCGUGGUGGUGGCGGAGCAGCGGCCAGACUCCACAGAGGAGGACAGCUUCCAGUGGAUGAGCCGCGUGCUGCAGGCCAUCGACAGUAUCCACGGGGUGGGGGUGUUCUGCCUGGCUCUGGUUCCGGCCAACACUCUUCCUAAGACUCCACUGGGCGGCAUCCACCUGUCAGAGAUCAAGCAGCUGUACCUGGAGGGGGGGCUGCACCCCUGCAACGUCCUCAUGUGCCCCCACACCUGCGUCACCAACCUGCCCAAACCCCGGCAGAAACAGCCAGAGAUUGGCCCUGCCUCUGUGAUGGUGGGGAAUCUGGUGUCAGGGAAGAGGAUCGCCCAGGCCAGCGGCAGAGAUCUAGGACAGACUGAUGACAACGACCAGUUCCUGUUCCUGUCUGAGGUUCUGCAGUGGAGAGCUCAGACCACACCUGACCACAUCCUCUACACCCUGCUCAGCUCCCGGGGGGCGGUGUCCAGCUCCCUCACCUGCCUGCAGCUCCAUAAGAGGGCGGAGCGCGUGGCGGCGCUGCUGAUGGAGAGAGCAGGUCUGCAGGAGGGAGACCACGUGGCUCUGGUCUACCCCCCAGGUAUCGACCUGAUCGCAGCUUUCUAUGGCUGCCUGUACGCCGGCUGCGUUCCCAUCACGGUGCGACCGCCCCACCCUCAGAACAUCUCCACCACCCUGCCCACCGUCAAGAUGAUCGUGGAGGUCAGUCACUCGGCCUGUGUGAUGACCACGGCGGUCAUCUGUAAGCUGCUGCGCUCAAAGGAGGCCACAGCCACCGUGGACAUCAGGAACUGGCCGCCUGUCCUCGACACUGAUGACCUGCCAAAGAAGAAGCCCCCCGCUCUCUAUAAGCCCACCAACCCUGACGGUCUGGCCUAUCUGGACUUCAGCGUGUCGACCACUGGCAUGCUGGCCGGAGUUCAGAUGUCCCAUAAUGCCGUUGGAGCCUUCUGCCGCUCGGUGAAGCUGCAGUGUGAGCUGUACCCGUCCAGAGAAGUGGCCAUCUGUCUGGAUCCGUACUGCGGCCUCGGCUUCGUGCUGUGGUGUCUCUGCAGUGUGUAUUCUGGCCACCAGUCCAUCCUGAUCCCCCCGGUGGAGCUGGAGUCCAACCCGGCGCUGUGGCUGCUGGCCGUCAGCCAGCUGAGGGUGCGAGACACCUUCUGCUCCUACAGCGUCAUGGAGCUCUGCACCAAAGGACUCGGCCUGCAGACCGAGGCGCUCAAGGCUCGGGGUCUGGACCUGUCCCGGGUCCGGGCCUGCGUGGUGGUGGCGGAGGAGAGGCCCAGGAUGUCGCUCACGCACUCCUUCUCGAAACUCUUCAAAGACCUCGGACUCCACCCUCGAUCUGUCAGCACCGCCUUCGGCUGCAGAGUCAACCUGGCCAUCUGCCUGCAGGGCACGUCAGGACCGGAUCCCACGACUGUGUAUGUGGACAUGAGAGCGCUGCGUCAUGACAGGGUUCGGUUGGUGGAGAGAGGCUCUCCUCACAGUCUGCCGUUAAUGGAGUCCGGCAAGAUCCUACCCGGAGUUCGUAUCAUUAUCGCCAACCCCGAGACCAAAGGGCCGCUGGGAGACUCCCACCUGGGAGAGAUCUGGGUGCACAGCGCUCACAAUGGCAGCGGUUACUACAGCGGGUACGGGGAGGAGGUCCUUCAGAGCGAUCACUUUAACUCCAGGCUGAGCUUCGGAGACACCCAGACGGUGUGGGCCAGGACGGGAUACCUGGGCUUCCUGCGCCGCACCGAGCUCACCGACGCCAACGGAGAGAGGCACGACGCUCUGUUCGUGGUGGGGGCUCUGGAGGAGGCCAUGGAGCUGAGGGGGAUGAGGUACCAUCCCAUCGACAUCGAGACCUCCGUCAUCCGCGCACACAAGAGCAUCAUGGAGUGCGCCGUGUUCCCCUGGACCAACCUGCUGGUGGUGGUGGUGGAGCUGGAGGGCUCGGAGCAGGAGGCGCUGGACCUGGUUCCCAUGGUGACCAAGGCGGUGCUGGAGGAGCACUACCUGAUCGUGGGCGUCGUCGUGGUGACGGACAUCGGCGUCAUCCCCAUCAACUCCCGCGGCGAGAAGCAGCGCAUGCACCUCCGCGACGGCUUCCUUCAAGACCAGCUGGACCCCAUCUACGUGGCCUACAACAUGUAGCCUGAGUGUGUGUGUGUGAGAAUGUGUGUGUGUGUGUGUUCAGGAGUGAGCAAGCAUGCGUGUGUAUGCCGUGCAUAUCGCCGUUGUUGUUCAUUUAUUUCCCAGAAUCAAGAUGUACUGUAUUUUUGAACCUGCAUAUGGUGUGGUGUUACGUCGUCGUUUUUCUUUAAAGUCGUGUUGUGCCGAUUGAUUGAUCAUUUUUACACCCCCGCUCAAUCUCGUGGCCGUUACCGGGAGCUCGUCACUGUAGAAAGCCUUAGGGGAACACUGUGUCGGUCCUCACACCGUUUUUAGGAGAGCUUAGGAGGUAAAAUAGAGAGAUAAAAAUAUAAAAGUCUGUAUCAUGUUUUACUGGUCGAUCGGGAAAAAAGUAAUAUUUCAAUUAGAACAGGGGCAGCCAGAGAACUGUAAAAAUAUAAAUAUUGUAAAUAGACAUAAUAAUCUAUAUGGAGAGGUACCUAAAACACAGAGGUAUAGUAGCCCCUAUAUGCAGCUCUCUCCACCUGCACCGUGUGUGUGUGUGUGUGUGUGUGUGUGUGUGUGU